CAACUUCAAGAGCGAGGCAGCUUAGGACUGCCAGUCUUUUUUAGAACUCUUCAAACUGUGAGGAUUACUCUAGUAAUCCAUGAGGAAAAAAUAGUUUGUCUAGUCAAAGGUGGUUAUGUUAAGCUUCGAAUGAAAGAAGAAGGGGACUGCAAAGCACCUUUCUGGACCAUGUAAUCUACUACUGGGUUUUCCAAUGGAGGAGACAAUGUUGACACUGCCGGGUGAAGAGAAGCCCCAGAAGCAGCUGAGGUUCCGCGUGGCUUCGGGGAAUAGCGGUCGGGUGCUGAAGGAGAUUUUUAAAGAUGAGGGGCCAUCAGACUCGUUGGAUUCAGACUGCACCAGUAGUUUGGAUGUAGACCGGAUCAGUACACCUUCCACAAGUGGAGAUGCUAACGGACAUGGUUUUCUGUAUGGGUUUCUGGGCUCCGAGUUGGAUUAUAGCGAGAGUGAGCCAGAUGAUCUGCUCAUGUAUGCGGGGACCUCAAAGGACAGAGCACCGAUCAGCCACAAGCGUGUCAACAUCCUCAGCAACAAUGGGACUGUGAGGGGAGUCAAGCACAAAGUCAGUGCAGGUCAGGCCUUAUUUGAAAAUCUCCCUAAUGCAUUUGGGCCGAAGUUGACACUAGAGUUUGGGCGGAUAGUGAUAUACACCACCAGCUUCCGAGUAGUAAGGGCCACAUUUGAGAGGUGUGAGUUGGUCCGGAAGAUCUUCUCCAACCACAGGGUCAAGUUCCUGGAAAAGAACAUAGCCCUGGACUGUGAGUAUGGGAAAGACCUGGAGGAACGAUGCAAGCACGUGGGCGAACCUCCCUCGCUACCAGUCGUGUUCAUCGAUGGACACUAUCUCGGGGGUGCUGAAAAAAUAUUGGGCAUGAAUGAAUCAGGAGAACUUCAGGAUCUUCUGGCCAAAAUUGAGAGGGUACAGCACCCCCAUACGUGCCAGACCUGUGGGGGCUUUGCCUUCGUCCCGUGCCCCAUGUGCCAUGGUAGCAAGAUGUCUGUUUUCCGCAACUGCUUCACAGACUCUUUCAAAGCCCUGAAGUGCACCUGGUGCAACGAGAACGGCCUGCAGCCCUGUUCCAGCUGCAGCCAAUGACGACUCCAAGUGCCUGACCCCAAUAUCCCCAUUCCCUAGGCCCUUCACCAGGGCCACAUGUUGUAUGUUGCCCAUAAUAGGACAGCCUGAGAUAAAAACAUGUCCUGCUGAGAUUGUCCUAAUAUGGACACCGUACAUAUGGACCGCAUCAGAGAUAAUGCUUUGCACAGCAUGUUUUUUUGUCUCAAUAAAACUGUGUUUUCA